AGCUACACACAACAUCUCAACAGUUACAACAGCUGGGAAACUACUUCACCUGCAAUUUCACUACCAAAUACGAUCGACUCUUUUUUUAAACAACCACUGACAUGGAGGAGCAACAAAAACACGGCUACCACUCUGUUUGCCACACCUGCUUAAGAAAGGAGAGUAGCAGAAAUAAGAUCAGAAUGAUGUCCUCGUCAAGUCGAAUGCUGAUGUGCGCGCUGGCUUUGACACUGUACAUCGUUGAUAUCGCCUCAGCAGAAACACUUUGUGGUGGAGAGCUAGUGGACGCUCUACAGUUUGUGUGCGAGGAUAGAGGCUUCUAUUUCAGUAGGCCAACAAGCCGAACUAACAAUCGGCGCUCACAAAAUCGUGGAAUUGUAGAGGAGUGUUGUUUUAGAAGUUGUGAUCUGAUACUUCUGGAGCAGUACUGUGCCAAACCUGCUAAAUCGGAAAGGGAUGUCUCAGCCACCUCCAUGCAAGUCAUACCAGUGUUGCCAGCACUAAAACAGGAUGUCCCGAGAAAACACGUGACCGUCAAGUAUUCCAAAUACGAAGUGUGGCAACGGAAGGCCGCGCAGAGGCUACGGAGGGGCAUCCCAUCCAUCCUACGGGGCAGGAAGUUCCGGCGACAGGCGGGAAAGAUCAGGGCCCAGGAACAAGCAAACCUCCACAGGCCUCUCAUUACUCUGCCUAGCAAACUCCCUCCUGUCUUGCUUCCUACAGAAAACUAUCUCAGCCACAAGUGAAAAUCCAGGAUGGUUUUGCACAGACAAAAGAUGGAAAAAAAAAAAAAAGACUAGGGGAUUAUAGCUUUGUCUCUGACGGCAUUUCUGUGGCAGUCUUCUACAGCCCCUUUUCUCACCCUGCAUACAUGCUCACAUUCUUCCAGUCUCUGCUCCUGCUACUUCAUUCAAAAAAAAAAAAAAACACAAAAGACACAACACAAAUGAAAUAAGAAGAAAAAAAACCAGUUAACUAUUAGGCUGAAUGCAAUUCAGGUGGAUUCUUGGGGAAAAAAAAAAGAAAGAAGAUAAGAAGAUGAAAGAGAUUAAUGGAUUGGAAGUGUUAAAAGGACACCCAACAGAACGUUUUUUUGUCUUUUUUUUUUUUUUUUUUUU